ACAGCCCGCGCUGUCGCGUGCACCAUGGGGCGGAGGUGAAAACACGGGACAGGGAGAAGUUUUCCACCCGCUCACCGGAGGAGGAAUCACCGGUGUGACUCACCUGUGCGAGCCGGCGGCAGGAUGUUUUUCCUUGGCUUCUUCCUGUGGAGUUUCACAGAGGUGACCGCAGCUCAGCAGGGACCUCCGCCGCCGUCUCCCCCGCCGCCGCCACUGCUGCUGGUGUCGUUUGACGGGUUCCGGGCAGAUUACCUGAAGAGGUUCCCCAUGCCCAACCUGAAGCUCCUGUACAGCCAGGGAGUCCUGGUACAGGAGCUCACCAACGUCUUCAUCACCAAGACGUUUCCCAACCACUACAGUCUGGUGACGGGUCUGUACGCAGAGUCUCACGGUAUCGUGGGCAGCUCCAUGUACGACCCCGACAGCCACAAAUACUUCCACCCCUCCAGCGACCUGGACCCGGUGUGGUGGCAGGAGGCGGAGCCUCUGUGGAUCACGGCGCUGGACUCUGGCCUCAGGACAGCGACGGCCAUGUGGCCCGGCUCCGACGUGACCAUCGGGAACCGCACGGCCACACACUUCCUGCCCUACAACGGCGCCGUGACGUUCCGGCAGCGGCUCGGCAACGUGACGCAGUGGCUGCUGGGAAACGACAAGGAGUCGGGAGUGAAGUUCGUGGUUCUGUACUGGGAGGAGCCGGACAGAACGGGUCACAUGUUCGGUCCAGAGAACGACACGGCCAUGAGCAAAGCCCUUAAAGAGGUCGACGAUAAUAUCGGCCUGAUGAUGUCAGAGCUGAAGCGAAUCGGACUUUGGGGGCGUGUCAACGUGAUAGUAACCAGCGACCACGGCAUGGCCCAGUGCUCGCCCGAGCGCCUCAUCCGUCUGGACGACUGUCUCCACCCGGACAACUACACACUGGUGGACGUCUCGCCCGUCGCCGCCCUCGUCCCGCGCCAAGACACCGAGGCCGUCUUCAACCUGCUCAACGACUGCCACGCCCACAUGACGGCGUACAUGAAGAAGUCCAUCCCUGAGCGGCUGCACUACAGGAACAACAGACGCAUCCAGCCCAUAAUACUGCUCGCCGACGAAGGCUGGACCAUCGUCCAGAGAGGAGACCACCUGCCGCAGCUGGGCGAUCACGGCUACGACAACUCCCUACCCAGCAUGCACCCCUUCUUUGCAGCGACGGGGCCCGGCUUCCGCGGCGGUGUUGAAAUGAGCGAGUUAAAGAGCGUGGACAUUUACCCGCUCAUGUGUCACCUGCUGUCCGUCACACCGAGGCCCAACAACGGCAGCCUGGAGCCAGCUCGCCCCCUGCUGGCAGCGCAGUGCACAGCGGGGGACGUCUCUCUGGUGUUCACUCUGGUGGUGGGCGUGGCUCUGUUCCUCCUCACUAUGGCAUUUGUUUUCAGGUGGGUGUGUCGAUGUUGCUCUCCAGACUCCACCUCUUUUCAGAGACUACAAACUGGUGAUGAUGAUGAUGAUGAUGAUGGUGGAGGUCUGUUUCACUGAAGCAGACAGAGCAGAGGUCGUCUCUCACUCACUCACCCUCUCACUCUCACUCACUCAUCUGUGUCUCAUGUUUUUCCUUUUAUAGUUAAUUUAAAUUCUCCUCUCUGACGCGUUUAUCUCUCACACCAAAGGCCACAGAGAAAACCAGUGAUUUUAGCUGCGUGGACACAUGAGCUUCAGGUCUACUGCUGCCUCGUGUGGUCACUUUGUGUCACUGAGGU